AAAAAAUUAAGAGAGGAAAAUGAAAAAGUCGUUUCUUUGGCAUUUGACGAUAUAAAGAAGCUAACUUUCCCUCAUUUACAAUCUUUUCUUCUUUUCUUUCUUGGCUGAUGUUUUAAUUAGACAGACCCCAUUUUCAUAUAUUCAUUCAUUAAAUUUAUUCAAUCCAUUUUUGUUAUCGGUGUAUAUCAUCACAACCAUCAUCAUCACAAUCAUAUAUGUCUAAUACAAGCUAUUACCGAUCACCGUUCGGAGACACGACCCACACCAAAGUGUUCGUUGGAGGUUUAGCAUGGGAGACUCCGACCGAUGAAAUGCGCCGUUACUUCGAUCAGUUCGGAGAGAUUCUUGAAGCCGUCAUCAUUACCGAUAAGACCACCGGAAAAUCUAAAGGCUAUGGUUUUGUCACGUUUCGAGAGUCGGAUUCAGCGACGAGAGCUGUCGCUGAUCCGAAUCCGGUGAUCGAUGGACGAAAGGCGAAUUGCAAUAUUGCGUCUUUUGGACGGCCCCGACCAUCGACGCCUCGAGGACGAGGACAAGGAGGAAGCCCGAGUCAAUAUCAAGGCGGAGGACAAUCAAGCUACACCGGAAUGGCUGCUCCGGUGCAGCAGGCUGCGACUGCCCAGCUCAUGUAUCCGUCAUACGGGUACACCUACAAUUCUGAAUAUGGGUACCACCAAGCCCUAUACAACGCACAGCUCCAACAGGCACAAUACUAUCAACAGCAAAUGUACGGAGGAGGAGGAGGAGCAACAUCACCAUCAUCAUCCAACAUCAUGCCUUCCCCUUAUUACUACCUUCAAGCUCCAAGCCCUAGACCAUAUCCUCAUCAUCAACAACAACAUUAUCAGUAUCAUCAUCAUCAUCAGCAACAACAACAACAACGUUUACCUUCUGCUUCUUCUUACCUAAUUUACCCAUCCAAUGUUGAGGCUCCUACGUCCUCUAAUGCCCCUACUUCCCAAGGGCCACUAUCUUCUUCCACUGAAUCACACGCACCACAACAAGUAUCAGAAGAAGGUGGAGAAUUCGAUCCAGCGGAUGCACCUGAAAGUACAACCACGAACACCAGAGACUUAACGUCGUCUUCAUGAUCAACUGCCUCAAUUUGUACAAUCUUGACAUUUUUUUUUACAUUCUCUUUCUCGUCAUCCAACCCAAAAAGAAAGCUAAUUCGUUUAUAUUUUCUCAACCACAUUCAUGACUUAACAUGACUGCCAAAAUAAAGAUGGCUCUAUCUAUCGACUUUUGUCAUGUUUUUUUUCUUCUUCUUCUUCCUAACGGAAUAAUAUAAUAUGUCGACUUUGAUAUUCUUUCUAUUAUUUUAGAAUAAAUUCGACUAUUCUUUUAA